CGGACCUUUGACGAUUUGACGAAAUUAAUCCCCAAUUGAAGUCGGAAACGAAGAACCCUUUUUUAGGACAAAUUGAAAAGAGUAAUAAAUUAUAAUAGUAAUAAUUACAAUCAAUUAUCAUAAUUGGAAGGAACGCACAAGCACUCUGCUCGACUUAUUCGAUUGGAUUGGAUUGGAUUUUGCUGCUGUUUUUUCGUCUUCUACAUCAAUUUUUGGUAAGAAAAUAAAGUACCGAGUGCCGUGAGCUUUUUACGCGGGGGAUUUUGAACGAUCAACUCAAUCGACUCGCUAACUCAGGCUUUCACUCCGUUUUUCUCUCAAUUGAUUGCUCAAUUGCAAUCGUUUCAGAAGUAAUGAAAUUUUGAUGGUAUUUCCAGUUGGAACUGAAGCAUCAGCAGCCGCAGUAUGAGUAGGUUGUAGGUAUAGGUGCAAAGGAAAUGAAUGUGCAGACACAUAUGUCUGGGCAGGUUCCCAAUCAACUGCCCCAGCAAAAUGGGAAUUCCCAGUUGCAGAAUUUAGCAGCUGGUGGAACUGGAGUUGCAGCUCCUCCUAAUAUGUUCAACGUGGACCCUGAGCUUCAUAGAGCUCGCGCUUACAUGAAAGAGAAAAUCUUUGCCAUUAUAUUGCAGCGGCAGCAGCAGCCAGUUAGCGAACCACAAAAACAGAAAUUUAAGGAUAUUGCUAAACGCUUGGAGGAGGGUCUAUUCAAAGCUGCUCACUCAAAGGAGGACUACAUGAACCUAAACACUUUAGAGAGUCGACUUAGCAAUCUGAUCAAGCGUGCGCCUGCGAAUAACCACAAUCAACGACAUGUGCAGCUGGUUAAUCCUUCCUCUUCCAUUGGUACAAUGAUACCAACCCCUGGUAUGGCACAUGGUGGGAACUCCAAUCUGAUGGUAUCUUCUGUAGAUUCCAUGAUGAUUGCUUCUAGUGGUGGUGAUAGUAUAGCAGCUACAACAGUGAACUCAGGUGGCCUAAUGCCUUCUAGCGGUAUACAUGGUGGUUCCUUUAGAUCCGAUGGAGGUCUACCUAAUGGAUAUCAACAGUCACCAAACAAUUUUUCUAUUAACUCUGGUGGUAAUAUGCCAUCCCUGGGUGUUCAAAGAAUGACAAGUCAGAUGAUUCCAACUCCUGGUUUCAAUAAUAGCAACAACAGUAAUAUUAAUAAUCACUCUUAUGUUAAUACGGAGUCUUCUAAUAAUGUUAGUGGUUAUUCAACUGUUGAAUCAACAAUGAUAUCACAGCCGCUGCAGCAAAAGCAGUACAUUGGUGGUCAAAAUAGUCGCAUAUUGCAGAACCUUGGCAGCCAAAUGGGUAGCAGUAUCAGAUCUGGCUUGCAGCAGAAAUCUUAUGGCUUUUCAAACAAUGGUAUAAAUAGUGGAAUGGGUAUCGUUGGGAACAAUUUACAGCUUGUUAGUGAACCCUGUACGUCUGAGGGUUACAUGACUUCUACACCUUAUGCUAGUUCUCCCAAACCUUUGCAGCAGCACUUUGAUCCGCAACAGAGACAAUUAAUCCAGGGUGAUGGGUAUGGACUAAGUACUGCUGAUUCUUUCGGCUCUGGUAACUUCUAUGGUGCGGUAACAUCUGCUGGACCAGUUGUGAACUCUCAAAAUAUGGCCUCUGUGAACUUGCAAUCUAUCUCUAAAACUAAUUCGUCUCUGGUAAAUAAUAAGUCUAGCAUACAUGGUAUCCAACAAGCUGCACAUUUGAAACCUCAAUCAGUUGAUCAAUCUGAAAAGAUGAAUUUCCAGUCUUCACUAGCUUCAAGAGACGCUGUUCUACAACCUCAUCAGCAACAUCAUCAUCAGUUUCAACAACAGCAAUUCAACCAACAACAUAGCCUCCAAAAGCAGCAAAACCAGCAGCAUCACAUGUUGCAUGAUACUUUUGAUCAAUCUCAGCUGGUAUCGGAUCCUAAUACCCAAGUUAAGAAUGAGUUGGGGGUGGAAAAUGAAUCCCUCCACUCACAAACCCCUCAACAUUUCCAAAUGUUGGAGUUACAAAAUCAAUUUCAACAGAAUGUUGUUGAAGACCGUACUAGGGGUGCACAGAAUCUCUCUCUUCCAUCAAGGCAGAAUGAAAUGUGUUCGUCGAUGGUCCAAAAUUCACAGCAAAUGCAGCAGAUGUUGCAUCCACAUCAAUCGGUCUCAGAGUCUCAAACUGAUUUUGAUUGCCUUCACAUUGGAACACCAUUAGAUUCAGUAUUGCAGGGUCAGUGGCAUCCUCAUUUGCAAGAUAGAACUGGCAUACCUGGUAGAAUGUCACAUGAGCAGCAUGUCCAAGAGGAUUUCCGUCAAAGAAUAUCUGGUCAGGAUGAAGCUCAACGUAAUAGUUUGACUUCAGAAGGAUUAUUUAUUGGAAAAAGUGUUCUUCCUAGAAGCACAUCCGAGAAUCAAAAUGGCGUCACUUGUAAAUCUGGCAAUGCACACAAUGAUCGGCAGUUCAGAAAUCAGCAAAGAUGGCUUCUAUUCUUGAUGCAUUCUCGCCGAUGUACAGCACCCGAAGGGAAAUGUCCUGAGGCGAAUUGUAUUACUGUCCAAAAAUUAUUGAGGCAUAUGGAUAAAUGCAGCAUAUCACUUUGUACAUUUCCUCGAUGCCAUCAUACCAAGAUUUUGGUUCGACACAACAAAACCUGCAAGGAUGCAAGUUGCCCUGUCUGUAUUCCUGUCAAAAAUUAUAUAGAGACGCAAAUUAGGCCACGUUCUCGUUCAGUCUUAGAUUCUAGUUUACAAAGCAAACCAAACCAUGGUGGUGAUAAUUCAGCUAAAGUAAUUUCAAAAUAUCCAUCAGUCGAAACUUCUGAAGAACCACAUUCUCCAAAGCGGAUGAAGAUAGAGCAGGCCCCCCAGUCUCUCAAAACUGAGAAUGACAGUUGUGCUGUGCCUGCUUUUGGGGCCAAUGCUUCCCAUUUGUCCAAGGAUGCCCAGCACCAAGAUCUCACACAGGGAGACACAACUAUACAAGUUAAGUCUGAAUACAUGGAAGUGAAAUUGGAGGGUUCCAUAAAUUCUAGGCAAGGAAGUCCUGGUAAAAUUGGAAAGGGAAAGGAUAAUGUGGAAGACACAAGCAAACAAAAGUUUGAUGGUGAAUUUGUUGCAAGGGCUGAGUCGUCCAUUUCAGUUAAGCCAGAGAGCAUUAAAGUUGAGAAAGAAGCUGAUUUAAUGAAGCAAGAAAAUUCCGCACAGCCUGCUGAUAAUGCUGUGGGAACUAAGUCUGGGAAGCCAAAGAUUAAAGGAGUAUCUUUGACUGAACUUUUCACCCCUGAACAAGUAAGAGAGCAUAUUACAGGCCUCAGGCAAUGGGUUGGCCAGAGUAAGGCGAAGGCGGAAAAGAACCAAGCAAUGGAGAGUACAAUGAGUGAGAACUCUUGUCAGUUAUGUGCAGUUGAAAAGCUUACUUUUGAACCACCGCCUAUUUAUUGCACACCUUGUGGUGCCCGCAUUAAGCGGAAUGCAAUGUAUUACACUGUGGGAGCUGGUGAUACUAGGCACUCUUUUUGCAUUCCAUGCUAUAAUGACGCUCGUGGAGACAGUAUUCUUGUUGAUGGGGCUUCUAUACAAAAGGCGAGGCUUGAGAAGAAGAAAAAUGACGAGGAGACUGAAGAAUGGUGGGUUCAAUGUGACAAGUGUGAAGCAUGGCAACACCAAAUAUGUGCUUUAUUUAAUGGGCGACGAAAUGAUGGUGGACAAGCUGAAUAUACUUGCCCUAAUUGCUAUAUGGAAGAGGUUGAAAGAGGUGAACGUAAGCCCUUACCGCAGAGUGCAGUUCUUGGGGCCAAAGAUCUGCCAAGAACAAUAUUAAGUGACCACAUAGAGCAACGACUUUUCAAGAGGUUGAAACAUGAAAGGCAGGACAGAGCUAGGAUGCAAGGAAAGACAUAUGAUGAGGUUGCUGGAGCAGAAUCACUUGUCAUUCGAGUUGUUUCAUCAGUUGACAAGAAGUUGGAGGUGAAGCAGCGGUUCCUUGAAAUUUUUCGAGAAGAGAAUUACCCAACUGAGUUCCCUUAUAAGUCCAAGGUAGUUUUGCUGUUUCAGAAGAUAGAAGGUGUGGAGGUUUGCCUGUUUGGCAUGUAUGUCCAAGAAUUUGGAUCAGAAACUCACUUUCCGAAUCAGCGCCGCGUCUAUCUCUCUUACCUGGAUUCUGUGAAGUAUUUCAGACCUGAGAUUAAAGCGGUGACAGGGGAGGCUCUGCGUACAUUUGUUUACCAUGAAAUAUUGAUUGGAUACCUAGAAUACUGCAAGAAGAGAGGUUUUACGAGCUGCUAUAUAUGGGCUUGCCCUCCAUUAAAGGGUGAAGACUAUAUUUUAUAUUGCCAUCCAGAAAUUCAAAAAACACCAAAAUCUGACAAACUUCGGGAAUGGUAUUUGGCGAUGUUGCGGAAAGCUUCAAAGGAAAAUAUUGUGGUUGACUUAACUAAUUUAUAUGAUCAUUUCUUUGUUUCCACGGGUGAAUGUAAGGCGAGGGUUACAGCAGCUAGGCUGCCAUACUUUGAUGGUGAUUAUUGGCCUGGCGCUGCAGAAGAUUUAAUUUAUCAGCUUAACCAAGACGAAGAUGGUAGAAGACAGAACAAAAAGGGAACCACAAAAAAGACCAUAACAAAGAGGGCUCUAAAAGCAUCUGGUCAGUCGGAUCUUUCUGGUAAUGCGUCAAAGGAUCUGCUGCUGAUGCAUAAACUUGGUGAGACUAUUUCCCCAAUGAAGGAGGAUUUUAUCAUGGUUCACUUACAGCAUUGCUGCACGCAUUGUUGCAUUUUAAUGGUUUCCGGAAACCGUUGGGUUUGCAACCAGUGCAAGAAUUUUCAGAUUUGUGAUAAGUGUUAUGAGGCUGAACAGAAACGUGAAGAAAGGGAGCGACAUCCUGUCAACCAUAGGGAGAAACAUGCACUCUAUCCAGCUGAAAUCACGGAUGUACAAGUUGACACAAAAGAUAAUGAUGAAAUUCUUGAGAGUGAAUUCUUCGAUACAAGACAAGCAUUUUUGAGUCUUUGUCAAGGAAAUCAUUAUCAAUAUGAUACUUUACGCCGGGCUAAACAUUCCUCGAUGAUGGUCCUAUACCAUCUCCAUAAUCCCACUGCUCCUGCUUUUGUGACGACGUGCAAUGUAUGCCAUCUUGAUAUAGAAACAGGUCAAGGUUGGCGUUGUGAAGUUUGCCCCGACUUUGAUGUAUGUAAUGCUUGCUAUCAAAAGGACGGGAGAAUUGAUCAUCCUCAUAAGUUAACUAAUCACCCAUCCACGGCUGAUCGUGAUGCCCAGAAUAAAGAAGCUAGGCAACAAAGGGUUGUGCAGCUUAGGAAAAUGCUUGAUCUUCUGGUGCAUGCGUCACAAUGCCGUUCUCCCCAGUGCCAAUAUCCAAAUUGUCGCAAGGUGAAGGGGCUCUUCCGGCAUGGAAUACAGUGCAAGACACGUGCAUCUGGAGGCUGUGUACUGUGUAAGAAGAUGUGGUAUCUCCUGCAACUUCAUGCUCGGGCAUGCAAGGAAUCUGAAUGCCACGUACCGCGUUGCAGAGAUCUGAAAGAACAUAUGAGACGGCUACAGCAGCAGUCUGAUUCACGCCGUAGGGCUGCAGUGAUGGAGAUGAUGAGACAGAGAGCUGCAGAGGUGGCUGGUAAUUGAGGGUAACUUAUUUUUGUACAUAUUAUUGUAUGGCUGUUUUUGGAUGCAAGGGUUGCCGAUUUGAGCGUGGUAGACCAAUAUGGUUUUCUGCUGCUCCAUUAGAGCACUGCUUGAAAUGAAGCAGUGCGUGAAAAGUGGUAGGCUUAGGUUCAGAAGGGGAUAUAGGCAUAUGAUAGGAAGCUAUUUUUUUUAUUCAUAUCUCCACGGCUUACUUUCCCUGCAAACCCGAAAAUGAAAAAACCCGGAGAAAAGUAAGUGGAAUUCAUUUACUGAAGAUGCCCGGCGUCACCAGCAGUAGCUAACUAUUUGCCUCGAGUAUAGGAUUACUGAUGUGUGCUAGGAAGUGGCUCAAUUCGGUGAUUCUUUGAUUUUAUAUCUUGUCGGUCUAAUGCCAUGAGUUUGUGGCCAUUGUACUAUAAUAGUUCUAAUCUGUCUUUUAAAGUGUUUUUUCUUACAGAGGAAUGAUCGAGGGAGUUUACUAUUGUUUCCCCCUCUUGUUUUUUCUUUUGGGGUUUUUGUUUUGUUGUGAAAUUACCCUUCAUUAUUUGAUCCACCUUUUUGUAGAAUGCUUGCCAUUUAUUAUUGGAAGAAAUAAGUAGUAUGUUAUAAAAUGCAGCAUUUAUUUUUGGUUUAA